CACAUCGAUCCUAGUAAUUCGUUAGUAUAAAAUAUAGUUCAUUUAAUCGUGCAGUACAGUAGGUUAAAGUGGCAGUAACAGGUACACAUUACACAUCUACAUGUUCUAUUAUCCCAAAAAUACAUCGGUUACUGGUUAUCACAACCGAAUAAUUCACAGUUUCUAGAGUUGUGGUAAUUAUAUUACGAUGGAAAUGAAGGAACAAGUCAAUGGUUCCACUCCAGAUGACGAAGACAGUAACAGUUGGAAAGGACUAGGAUUCUGUUCCAAAGUCAAAUAUGUCUUCCAAAACAUCACCGUGGAACCGUUGUUGGCGUUUUUUCAGGUUUCGUCCGUGUUAUCGACUUUGACCACACAAAAUCUCAAUCUGCAAAAGGCCUGCAGGGUAAACUUGAAACUUAGCGACGACGUCUGCGACGGACUGGAGAACAAGAACAUGUCGCUUUAUGCCGAUCAAGAAGUUCAAGUCCAGGAACAAGUCGCAGACAUGCUCAUAUGGCAAACCAUGAUCCAAAGCAGCAUACCCUGUAUACUGGUCAUAUUCAUUGGGUCGUGGAGCGAUCGAAACAGGAAACGCAAACCGUGUAUGCUCGUCCCGGUAGUCGGCGAAAUCAUCAGGAACAUCGGAUUAUUAAUUUGUGUGUUCUACUUCAAUGAGCUAAAAAUGGAGGUGGCCGGUCUAGUUGAAUCAAUACCGACGUCUAUGGCCGGUGGACUUACCGUUCUGUACUUGGCCGCAUUUUCUUACAUAGGAGACAUAAGCUCUUUAAAAAACCGAACUCUUCGGGUCGGUUUAAUGAAUUUAUUCUUUGGUGUGGCUUGGCCAGUCGGUGCUGCACUUUCUGGUGUUUUAUAUCAAAAACUAGGAUUCUUCGGAGUUUACUAUAUUUCUACAGCAUUGUACAUAAUAGCUUUUACCUACGGCUUUGUCAAUAUUAAAGAAAAUUCAGGGCCGUUGCCAUUAAAAGAGUCCGCUCAGACGCCCAAAUCUUGUAUGUAUCUUGUUAUGGAUUUUUUCAAUCUGAAACAUAUCAAAGAAGCUUUUCACACAACAUUUAAAAGAGGCCCAGGAAGAAGAUGGACAAAAAUUGUUAUGCUGAUGUUUACAAUAGUUGUCAUCCAAGGACCUUCACAUGGAGAAUCUGGAAUUACUUACUUUUAUACGCGAGUCCGUUUUAAUUGGAAUGAACUUGACUACAGUUUAUUCUCGACCUUCUUAUUUAUGACAAACAUUGUAGGUGUUGGAUUCUCGAUAGGAGUGUUAAGUCAUUUAUUGAAAUUAGACGACGCCCUCAUUGGAGUGAUCUCUUGUGUUAGCAAAGUACUUGCCGGGUUAGCAUUUGCAUUUGCGCCUUCAGAAUUAUUUUUUUAUAUCGGUGCGUUGGUUGAUGUAAUGAGUGGUACUUCGUACAUAGUUAUGAGAUCAAUUCUUUCAAAGGUCGUGCCUCAUGCUGAACUUGGUCAGGUAUCAGCGAUAGUCGCAGUCAUUGAAACAAUAGUGCCUGUUAUAUACAAACCUUUAUACAGUGCAAUAUAUAGGGCCACUCUGAACACUUUUCCAGGAACAUUUUACGUGAUUGGUUCAAUAAUGCUCACACCAGCUAUAUUUAUAUAUUGGUGGAUGUAUCGUAUAAAUAACCAAGAAGAUGAGAAAAAAUCUAAUGUCGAAGAAAUCAAAUCAAACGAUGUUCAUGCUGUAGAAAAAAAAAUGAAAGAUAUCGCGGGCGAACAGGACACGCCGUUCGACGGUAUGUCAAACGUACCGUUAGACCGGGACGACAUGUCAAAAGUUACGCUCGACCCGGACGACAUGUCAAAAGUCACGCUCGACCGCGACACGACGCCGGACAAAGACGUGGACACCACCGUCUGGUCGCAGACCAAACGCGCGCUGAGCGGCAUCCACGUGGAACCGCUGGUGUGCUGUUACAUCGUGUCCCGCACGCUCCUGCUGUUGGCCACGCAGAACCUGAGCCUGCAGAAGGCGUGCUCGGUCAACCUUCGGCUGGACGACGACACGUGCGCCGCACUUUUGGUCAAAUCCAAGACGAACAUCAGCUCGCCGCUGAACCGCGAAGAGGUGGCCACACAGCGGCUGGUGGCCGACAUGCUCCUGUGGCAACUGAUCGUCCAGAGCGCCAUGCCGUGCGCCCUGGCCGUAUUCGUCGGGUCCUGGAGCGACCGGCUCCGGAAGCGCGUGCCGUGCAUGCUGGUGCCAUUGGCCAGCGAAAUGGUCCGCGUCGUGGGCCUCUUGGCCUGCGUUUACUGGUUCCGCGAACUCCCCAUGGAGGUGGUGGGCCUCGUCGAAGCGGUGCCCACGUCACUGGCCGGCGGCCGGAUGGUGAUGUUCAACGCGCUGUUCAGCUACGUCGGCGACGUGACCGGCGAGGAAAUGAAAACUCUACGAAUUGGUAUAGUCAACUUAUUAUCCACAGUAGGCAUGGCCAUCGGUACAGCGUUGUCUGGUAUUACAUUUCAGAAACUAGGGUUCUAUGGCGUGUAUGGCACGUCUUUGUCCCUGUAUAUAAUAGGUCUUCUAUAUGGUCUGAUAUUCAUAAAAGAAGUUUCACCACCGAACGAACUGGACAAUAAAACGCAGGCACAAAAAAAGGGUCUGUUUAAUGGUUUUUUUAAUGCAAAACACAUUCAAGAAGCGUUUAAAGUUACAUUCAAGGACGGUCCAAAUAACCGAAAACUCAGAAUAAUCAUGUUAAUGUGUAUUGCAUUUUUAAUCAUGGGACCUUUAAACGGUGAUCUUUCGGUAUCAUAUUUGAAUACUCGUGCUCGAUUCAAUUGGAAUGAAGUCGAUUUCAGUGUGUUUUCUACUUUCUCCAUGGUCAUUAGUGUAGCAGGUACAGCAAUUUGCAUCGGCUUACUUAGCCAUGUACUUAAAAUCGACGAUAGUUUAAUUGGAGUAAUGGCGUGUGCAGGAAAAAUUGUUGCCGGAAUAUGUUACGCUUUAGCAACAGAAGAAUGGGUAUACUAUUUAGGACCCUUAGUAGACAUUAUGGGAGGCACAAUUUUCAUAACAGCGAGAUCAAUUAUGGCAAAAAUAGUCAGCCCUGAUGAAUUAGGACAAGUGACGGCUAUUUACGGUAUCGUCGAAUCCCUUGUUCCGAUUGUAUUUGGUCCACUAUACACAGUGAUCUACAAAAAUACAGUAGACACGUUACCCGGAGCUUACAGUUUAGUAGGAUCAACUUUAGCCAUACCUGCGACUAUAAUAUAUUUACGGAUGUAUAAAGAAAGCAAUCUAUCAAAGAAAAACUGCAAGAAAUCUGAAAAAGUUGAGAAUGACAAGUUUUGAAGGCUAAAAUAAUGCAAACCACAAGGUAAAUGUGAAUUAAAUUCAUCAUCACGGAAGGUUAAAUGUGAUGGAGAUCAUCAACGUGGAAAUAUCAAGGAAAAAUAAAUUUUACUUGUUUUUAAUAUAAAGAAAAUAAUAAUAUGCAAUAAUUACAAAGGUCAAUAAUAAACUUUUGUAUUUGAAAACCAAAUUAAUUCGAUCGGGGGUCUUUUUUUUUCGAUAGUUUGGCAAUAUUAAAA